CUGUCUGUCGUUGUCUUUUAUCUACCUGUCAGUUAAUCAUUAGACGUUCAAGUAGUUUUUACUGCUUGUAAAUUUAUUUACAAAAGUUUUGGUUCAAGUGUAUACUGGUGUUUUUACUUCCAAUAUUCUUAAGAUCCUUUUAAUGCAUUCAGAUCUUCACAAAAAGUGUACAAGUUGUCAGUUAUCUGCGAAAUGGUCGUGUUUAUUAUCGACACUGUAGUACGAGUUAAAUGGCGUGGAUGUUAUGACCAGUAGCGAGCAGUGGUUGUUGAUAGUUUUGUAUGAAAAUGUAAUCUAAUCCUGAACUGGCACUGGUAGUCGCUGUAACACGAAAAGAUCGAGUAAAUUUAAGAAAAAGGUAUAAAUGAGUGAGUGAUGUCUGCGGUGCACUGUGUGGUGGUGUGGGAGUGGCAGUGCAGUGGGCAGUGGUUGGCGCACACGCCGGGCGUCACGCGCACGCUGGAGCGCGCACACGCCAAGAAACUCACACGAGUUGUACUGGCCGACGCUGACCCAGCACUCCGGGGACACUAUGUUAACCUCAGGACUCUGACGCAGUGUCUGGAUACUCCAGAGGGUGGGUCGGUGGAGUGUCGCGUGCGUCGCUCGUGCUACAGCGUGACGUCACCGGCGGGGCGCGGCCUGCGCUGGGAGUGGGCACGCUUCGUGUCCCCGCCACUCGGGGGGGAGCUCAACUACGAGCCACUGCCCAUGGAGGUGCAAUGUCUACUGGAAGAGUCGUGGUCGGGCGGUGGUGAGCCCGUGUCGUUCGACGGUUGGGUGGCGUCCGUGUCGCGUAUGACGGCGCGCUGCGGGGGCGGAGGGAGCGCAGGGGGUGGCGCGGGGGGCGUGGCACUACUGCGGCGCGGCCCGCAGCCCCCGUACCCGCUGACCCGACCUGCGCCCCCGCACCCGCCCCCACCACCAGACCGACCGCCUCUAGAAGGUCGCCGUCCGCGUAUCCCUCAACAACACACUGGGUCCAGCGUCCACUCGGUGCAAUCAGUGCAGUCUGUACAGUCAGUGCAGUCAGUCCAUUCCCUCCAGUCCCUGCAGGCCAGUCAGUCGAGUCAGGCCUCCACCAUCCCCCGGCAGGGGGCGCGUAGUGCCUCGCCACGGGAUCGCAAGCCUGGCUUAGCGCGACAGAUACUGCAUAACUUGAAUAUAUUCAGCCACGGCAGCAAGCAGGCGGCGGACAGCAAGCCGCGGGCGGGCGCGGACGAGGCGCGCCACCCCGACACGGACUGCAGCAGCACGCGCUCGGGCCGCAGACACAGCGUCGACACCGUGUCCACCUACCUCAGCCACGAGAGCAAGGAGAGUCUGCAGCAGACAUCAGUGGGCGAGCUGCUGAACUGCAGCGGGAGCAGCGACGAUGUGUUCGAGGGGGGCGAGGCCUCGUUAGCCCCGCCCCCCGCCCCGCCCGCGCCCCCGCCCUCCGACAUACCCACUUCCGAUGGCAGCAUCGUCGGAGUGGACGAGGCGUCGGCCGCGGUGUGUGUGUGGGUGCGGGCCGAGGCGUGUCCCCAGUGGGGGGCGCUGUGCCCCGCCUGCAUGGCCCCGCUGGAGGGGGGCGGGGGCGCGGGGGGCGCGGGGCCGUGCGUGGCGCUGACGGGCUGCGGGCACAUGCUGCACCUGGCCUGCCUCAACCGCCGCCUGGAGCGCCUGCGGGCCGCCGGCGCCGCGCUCUACAUCGAGUGCCUCGUGUGCGGCCGCGUGUACGGCCGCGCCACGGGGGCGCAGCCCCCGGGCUCCAUGUCGUGGACACUGCAGCCCACCGCGCUGCCGCAGCACCCGCCCUGCUCCUCCUCCAUCCUCGUCACAUACAACUUCCAGUCGGGCGUGCAAGGCCCGCAGCACCCGGUGCCGGGCGCGCCGUACUACGCGGUGGGCUUCCCGCGGUACACUCUGCUGCCGGACACUCCGCUCGGACGACAGGUGCUGUCGGCGCUGCGCGUGGUGUGGGAGCGCGGGCUGUUGUUCGUUGUGGCGGCGUCCGUGACGACGGGGCGCGAGCACGUGGUGGCGUGGCGCGUGCGGCCGCCGCCGGGGUCUGCGCGCCAGUACGCGGGCGGCGCGCGACCAGACAACGUGCUGCGCGCCGCGCUGGCCCGCCUGCACGCGCUGCUGCCGCCGCCGCCCGCGCCGCUGCUGUAGCCAUAGGGACCAGGAUGGACCCUAAGCCAGAGUCAGGUUCCCACGACCGAUUUCCUCUCACUCCAUAAUUUGUAAAAUACUUCAGAGAGUUGUAUUAUGACACAUUAUGAACGUCAGCUGCGGCACGUACGGCGGUUAGUGCAAUGGCAGUCGCCCGAACGUAAUCGCCCGCCACAACAUUAAGAAAUAAAGGAUACUACGUCAUGCAGAUAGUCCAUUGAAAUGUUACAAUUUAAGGGCCGAAUAAUGCAUUUUUUAGAGGACGCAAUUUUAUUUUUUGAUCAUGUAAGGGGGGUCAAUAGAAGCUUAACUUGAAGUUUGUGGGGUCACCGCCCUUGUCCCCCGGCCGCUAUCUUGGAAAAAGGGAUGGAAACACUUUUUUUGCUAUAUCUCGGAAACUAUGCAUCGUAAUAAAAUUUUUAAAAUCAUAAUUUGUAGAAAAUUAUUUUGCCUACAAAUAUGUUUAUAUACCUUUUUGCCCUAAAUUAACAAUUAAAGAAGUUAUAAGUAAAAAAGUGAAAAAUUUUUAAUAAAAUUUUCUUUUUUGCUCUAUAACUUUUUUUUACAUUUUAUAAAUAAAUGGCUUCAGACCAAUCUUGUAGAAUAUUUUUCGAGAAAUUUUUUUCCCUACAACUGUUUUCAAUUUCAUUCAUUAGAAACUCAGUUACAGCGCUCCGAAGUUAACCGGGUUCGUCAAAUUAGUCCAGUCAAACAAGCUUAAAUUAGGUAAGAAUCUCGGAAUGCGAGAUGACCAGCUGUAAGUUUGUAUAUACUUGUAUAUUGAUCCCCUAAAACUUGUCUCAAAACCAUGGUAUAUAUGGUAGGGUGUAAGCAACUCUUAAAAUUCAGGGUCAAAGGUCCCAAAAAUCGUUUUUUUGCGGUUUUUUGGAAAUAACUCAUUUCCUAUGGGUUUUUGGUAUUUGUAUUCAUUAUCAAUAUUGUAGAAUACAAAAUUCUCUACAACUUUUGUCUAAUUUUUUUUUUUAUAUGGUGAAUCGUUGUCGAGUUAGAGGGCGGAGAACGCACGGUCAAUUUUCCACUUUGGAAGCGUCUAUCUUUCAAACUAACGAAUUUGAAGAAAAAUGGUUUUAGAAACUAUAACGUCUUUUUUAAUGUCCUAUCCAUAACCAACCAUCACGGAUAGGUUAGCUGAAAAAAAAAAUGUCUGAUGUGAUGCAGUGACCGCGCGUUCUCCGCCCUCUAUCUCGAAAACGGUUCACCGUAUAAAAAAAAAACUUAGUCAAAUUUGUAGAGAAUUUUGUAUUCUACAAUAUUAAUAAUGAAUACAAAUACCAAAAACCCAUAGGAAAUGAGUUAUUUCCAAAAAAACCGCUAAAAAACGAUUUUUGGGACCUUUGACCCUGAAUUUUAAGAGUUGCUUACACCCUACCAUAUAUACCAUGGUUUUGAGACAAGUUUUAGGGGAUCAAUAUACAAGUAUAUACAAACUUACAGCUGGUCAUCUCGCAUUCCGAGAUUCUUACCUAAUUUAAGCUUGUUUGACUGGACUAAUUUGACGAACCCGGUUAACUUCGGAGCGCUGUAACUGAGUUUCUAAUGAAUGAAAUUGAAAACAGUUGUAGGGAAAAAAAAUUCUCGAAAAAUAUUCUACAAGAUUGGUCUGAAGUCAUUUAUUUAUAAAAUGUAAAAAAAAAGUUAUAGAGCAAAAAAGAAAAUUUUAUUAAAAAUUUUUCACUUUUUUACUUAUAACUUCUUUAAUUGUUAAUUUAGGGCAAAAAGGUAUAUAAACAUAUUUGUAGGCAAAAUAAUUUUCUACAAAUUAUGAUUUUAAAAUUUUUAUUACGAUGCAUAGUUUCCGAGAUAUAGCAAAAAAAGUGUUUCCAUCCCUUUUUCCAAGAUGGCGGCCGGGGGACAAGGGUGGCGACCCCACAAACUUCAAGUUAAGCUUCUAUUGACCCCCCCUACAGAUCAAAAAAUAAAAUUGCGUCCUCUAAAAAAUGUAAAGCUCAUGUAACAUUUCAAUGGACUAAGAUAGCUGAUCAUAAAAUUGAAAACAACAUCCUUUCCUCAAAAUAUUAUGCUAAUUUUAAAUGAAAUGAAUUUUUAUUCAGGAAACACCAAUUAAACUAAAAUUUUCUUGCACAUUAGACUGGCCGCCACUGCUUAACCAACCGCAAGGACUACAGCUGACGUGUCCAAGGCUUCAUGAUACAACUCUCUCAAACACUAUACAAAUUCCCAACUCCCGGAGGUACUGACAAAAAUUGGUACCUGGCUUACGGUCUGUAAUGGUUGUAUCGCGAUUGUAUAUUAAAUUGUAACACCAGACAGCCAACCACCGCGGUUGGCCGCUAGGGGUUUAGCCCCCUAACACACCACAAUCCGUUUGUAAUAUGAUUAGCAUUAAUCUUACAAUACAAUGUAUGAAAAUAUCAAUUAACAGCUAGAAUACUACGCAAGUCACCAGAAAACUAGGAGACUACCUUCAGCAAUUUACAUUCUUUAGUAUUUAAUAAAGAAAUGUUUGUAAUCGUUCAGAUUGCAAUGGUAACAUCCAACGAUAGAACGAUGAGUAAUCCAUUAAAACGAUUUGUAUCAUAGUGAAUAAAACCCUAAUAGGUGCGAUAAAAGUGAGUUUAUCACUGUUAUAAUGAAUACGAUAAUUAUAUAUUAUGUAUAUUAACUGCACCAUCCAGUAUGCAACAUGCAGGGGAUGUAAAUCAGUGCCUUAAACAUUAAAUGCAUAAGUCUGGAAUUGAUUAUUAUAUAAUGACCAGUAUUUUAUUUAGGUAGCUACAAUUUUAUAAAAGACAUUUAACUUGUUAUAAGUAUUUUUUAUUAUGUACAUUUUUAUAUUCGAAUAUUUAGAUAAGCGCUACGUCUUCCAAACGAGGCAAUAAGACGACACGAGUCUUCCUUUAGUUGUACUAUAUUAUACUUGUAUUAUACUUUAGAGACUGAAAUCGAAUAUAUCCAUUAUUAUUAACAAAUUAAUAUAAUUAAGUAAGUACUGUUUGGUCUGAUAUAGUGACGACUUGUAUAACGUGCACUGAGCCAAUACUUUGUACUGUAAUUUUACUAAUACAUAAUUACAAGAAAUGCGAAACUUUGUGAUUGAGUUUGUAUGUGUGUUGGUUACUGAAUCACGUCUAAACAAAUUCAAUUUGGAACAGGGGGAGAUUAUAUGAUUUAUGGAAUAAUUAUUAAAUAUCUUUUUAUCUCACGGGAACAUUGACGAAGCUAGUUAAUCCAUAAAUAAUUUGGACAGUAUUGGUGUCACUGUGUACAACAUAGUAUCGUCCCAUUAAUGACAAUGUCGACUAUUUGUAUAGAAGUUAUUGUUAAAGAGGAACCACCACUGGGUCUAAUGACCUGUAUACACCGAAGUCACGCACUGGAUUAUUGAACCACCCCUUUAGAUGUUAUAGGAGCAAACAUAAGAGAGUCCGUAACCUCGUAACUUCUGUACAAAUAGUUUGCUGGCGUGUAGAUCGGAUUGUUAUUCAAUAUUCGUCACUUUAUCAAAGUUAAACAGUAUUUAGUUAUACAGUGUAGUUAGGUAAGUAUCUUGCCAGUUAGAGGGGUAUUAUGCCGUCGGAGCCACGUCACGACACGUGUACUCUGUAUAAUAUGUGAGAUAGAUCUGAGAUUGUAUCUGUAUGUUGCAGUGCAGACACCGAUAUACUUUUAUUAAUUGAUUUCAUAAAACCUUAGAUUUCGUGUGUAAUGUGAAAUCUCAUACAAAAUGAGCAGAUGUCGUUAUCGACAUUACAAAAGUUGACUACUUGAUAGCAUCCCAAUGGGGGCUACCGAUUUUUUAUGUCACCAGAUGGAGCUAGUGUGAACCUCUCAUCUUUUAUCCAAUAGGGAAUAAGCUAGUGUCACACCGUUGAAUUUUUGACAGCAACAGUGAUCAGACAAAAAAUACUCUUCCUAUUUAGAGAAGAGGGCUAAUUUUAGUGCGAUGUUAUGUUUGAAAAACGGUAGCAUUUAUUGGUUAUGUUUAUUUUAUAUGUAUUUGUCACACUGCGUAGCUCACACCGUGCCUUAUUGUUAUUAAGUUAGAGUAGAACAAAUGAAUCUGUGUAGUGCGGGUCUGUACAAUAUCUAUUAUGUUUUUGUCUAAAGAUUGUUAUUACUGCUUAUGUAUUUACAUGUUUUUCAAACGAGACAACUAUUUUCGGUUGUAUGUGUUGUAAUACUUUGUCAAACAAACAAUUUAGUAUCAGUAGUAAGAGUCAAGUCAAGACUAAACAAACACGAAUAUUGUUCUCAAAUAUUGUUAUAGUUACAUGUAUAGUUAUUUACUGCCAUUGUACGUCUUCCCACGUAAUGUAAUGUUCUUCCAAUGAGCUUUAUUAUAUUAAGACAUCGAAUAUUUACAAAUGAUAUGUUUAAGAUAUGUUAUGUAGGAUAUAAGACAUGACAUUAGUUAGUUAGAAUUGCUUGUAAUAAAAGCCCCCAGCUAUGAUCCUGUACCUAUUUAUUUGUAUGUGUGGGGAUAUUAUAAAAGACAAAUUGUCGGAGGAAUGAUGCCGUGAGGUCGCGGCGAGUGCCGCCCGCCACGUGUUGCCAUACUGUUGUACAUAGACUAGAGACGACGUCUGCUUGCCAAAGCCAAACAAACUGACAGCUAACGGGAAUUUAUGUAACUGCGUGUAAUAUUUACUUUGGGAGAGAUAUUAUAUUGUUUCAUAAUUAUACGUAUAUUUAUAAACAAA